UUUCCCACUGAGGAAAUUUCCUCUACGGGUUUGCAUGAGUGGUAUGUAAACGUUACCGUACCUGGUCCCAAACUAAAGAUGCAAACUGUCACGCGACGCAUGAUGAAUAUCUGCGCCUCUCGGCUUCCAUAGAAGCGAACCUGCGUCCGCGGCAGUUAGUUUGACUCGCUGUCACAAUGAUCACCAGGUUUAUCUUCUUCUGCUGCUGUUUUGCGCCGUUUUUCUUCGAAGUCAUUCAUCCGGUUGCAGGUAAGCCCCUACCGUCAGGCUCACACGUGGAAGUCUUUGCCAUCGUCCACCAUAACGUCUCUCUCCCGUGUCGCCUCACAACGCCUGUCCACUUGUCACGUGUCAAGGCGUUGGAGUGGUUGCGUGAAGAUACCAAGUUGACGGUUCAUGUCCUCCGCGACGGAGAAGAGCUUGAGAAGGAGAAAGCGGCAGAGUACGCCGGGAGGACGGCCGUCACAGAAGACGGAUCUUUGACGCUGUUCGGCGUCACGUGGCGGGACAACGGCACGUACAGGUGUGUCCUUCUGAGAGGACGAGAGACGGAAGAAGUGUUUGUCUCUCUCAUUGUUGCUGAGGUUUCUGAGGUCGCCAUGAUUGUGCGGCUGACUUCAGCUGGCGAGUUGUUUAUUUACUGUGAGUCCGGCGGCUGGAGACAAGAGCCGCAGAUUUCUCUGCAGGACGCUAGAAGAAACGUCCUCCCUGCUGAGACGAAUUCAUCAGUCGGACCCGACAACCUUUACUCUGUCACAGCGCGCAUAGACGCAGCAGCAGCUGGAGGAAACGGGACUUUAAUCUGCAGAGUGGAAAUAUCUGGAACGAGCCUGGUGAACGAGAACAAGAUUUAUAUCACAGAUGAGUUUAAUCCUCAGAAGGAAGGACACAACUGUAUUCUGCCCUGGACGCUCUUCAUGGUCCUGGUUUGCGUCAUCUUCGUCGUGGCCGCGUUCGUGUUGCAACGGCAGGCAGCGUGCCUCGACAGACUCCGUUCACCUGAGGGAGGAGAACAAGAAAAACAACCUCUUGCAGAGAACGGAGACAUCAAACAAAUGCAGACAAACGGAACUUCUGAGAACAUGAGUAAAGACAUAUACACAGAGUACGGAGACAUCACCAAAGUGGACACAACAGGAGCUUCUGAGAACACAAUCAGAGUAAACCUGCUGUCCGACAGAGGUCUGACCGGCGUUGAAGCUUCCGAGAUUCUGGCAGUGAGAGACCGAGAGGAGAUGAAGAAGUACAAAGACGACAUCAUCAGUGUAGGAAAAAUACUCAAAGUCCACCCGGCUCUGAUCGCCGCCAUCAUCUCCAGACAGUCUCGGGCUGGAAUCCAACUAAAACCUAACGGCUUCGGACAGAGCGACCCGAACUGCUUCGGCCUCAUGCAGAUCAGUCGCCAUUACCACGCAGUGAAAGGCAACCCAUGCAGUAGGGAUCACCUGGACCAAGGCGUCACCUUCUUCAUCCAGCUCAUCAAGACCAUGCAGAGGACGAAGAAGGACUGGAGCAAAGAACAGCAGCUCAAAGGAGCGUUGGCGUGCUACAUAGCAGGUGAGGAGAGAGUCAUUCCUCUGGAGAGAUAUGAGGACGUGGACAGCGUGACGCCGUACGGCGACUUCGCCAACGACGUGAUCGCCAGAGCGCAGUGGUUCGCCCGCGAGCUCUUCUGAAUGUCAGAUCAUUUCACCCUUUUUUUGUUUGUGUUUAACUGCAAGAGGAUGAAUGAAUGAAUUCAUAGGAAAACAGAACAGCAGUGUUAUUUUAGCUGUAUGUUGUUGGUUUUUGUUUGUUUAUGUUGCUACUUAUGUUUCACAGUUUGAAAAAAAAAAACAUCAGUAUUCACUCAGUUAAAACACUGUAAGUACAGUAUUAAUAUUUAAAAGUAUUAAUAUUUGAUUAAGUUUUUCUCCAUUUUCACAGUUUGUGCCUUGUUUACUUUCCUGCUGGAGAAGUGUCAUUUUGACCUAAACAAGUGUGUUUAUAUUAAUAAUAAGCCAUAAAUGACGAGCACGACAGCAGACAUGAAGAGACACACAGUUACAAAUAUAUGAAGCACGUUUACUGUUAGGUGGCGUUUGUUUUGUGAGAAGAAAUGUCACUUUUUUAACACAUAGUAUAAGACUGGGACACAGCUUAUUAGUCUUAUUGUGAAAUACAUGAUAUUAUAUAUUAGCUUUAAUUUAACCAUCAAUUGAAUGUUGGUGUUUCCAAAUGUGUGCUUUUAAAGUAUGUUACAUCUCAACAUGUUUUACAAAACUUAUAGUUGUAUUAUUAUAUUUAUGAACCAAGUAGAGCUGAAAACCAAAAAGGAUGUAGAGCCAGUUUUUGAGGUCAGUAGCAGAGAAAGGACGUUUUUCUUUGCUCUGUAAAUGUCGUAUUUAUGUUGUAAUUCCUCAAAGGUUUAAGAGCUAAAAUGUAUUUCAAAGAAAAUCAUGCUGUCGUUAAACAAUAUGUUUUUUUUGUUUUGUUCUGUAGAAAUGUAUCAUUAAUAGAUAAAAGCUGUAUGAGACCUCAGGUUCAGCACUAAGAUUUAAUGUGAAUGUUUUACGUUUUUAGUUAUGAGAGUCUGGUUGAUGUGCUGCCUUGUGAAGAAAAGUUUGAAUCCUAGUUGCUGCAACAUUGAGGACACAGAUCAAUAAUCUUUCUGACUUCCUUCUUGAUAAGAAACCUGUGAAUUCAUGUUUUUUUUUACCAGAAGUUCAGCACCCGCCUAAUGAGAAGUAAAUGGAAGAAAGUUUUCCAUUAUCAUCAGUUGUAUUUUCAUGAUGUCACAAAUGUUAUUCUGUCCAUUUCGUUAAAGUGAUGCGUAGAUUGAAAAUAACAUCCGCCUCAAACACGCAGUUCUUCUAACUUCACAACAUCAUUUUCACGCAAUUUGUGUCGAUUUUGCCAAAGAAACCUGUUGAGUAGUGAGAUUCCAAACUGACUCUUCUCAAGUUUCCAACUGAGUGUUAUGUUGUUGUUGUUGAUGUCUGGAAACAAACAUAUUGUUAUGAUGUUUGUACAAUAGAUUUAACAGCUAAUUCUGAGGUGGACCUCGUUGAUGAAGACUCAUUUAGCCGUACAACAACCAUCUGUUGUAAGAACAAGACAGUAACUUUUGUGCUUUAAACAUGUCUUCCAGCUCAAUGUGAGCUCUGUAUGAAAGGAAGGAUGUGUGAUGAUAUCGUUCAAAGGAAGAGCUGACGAAGUUCUCAUUUUGUAGACGUUUAUUAGACGAUGGCCAUCGGGUCCGUUCCAUGUACAAAGAUGGUCUGGGCACCGUACCACUGUCGGUGCAUAGCUUAUAAGGGGUUACACAUCUGUAUCUUAUCACAUGAAUAACAUAGGUUUUCCAUGGGCACUAGGUCAGUUGGGAGCCAUCCAUCAUGUAAUUGACAGCUGCCUCACAACAAGGUCUAAGGUCCCCCCGAAGGGCCAUACCAUAUUACCUAAGGUGACAUGCAGACUCUGGAAUGUUUAUGUCACAUGUCCAACACCCAAAAUCAGUAAAGUAUAUAGGGUCAGAUAAAAAUCAUACUAACACUGUAGUUCUGAAAAUGCAAUCUAGCAAAAAAAACCCAAACUCUGCAGGAUUUGUACAGACGACAGGGAACCAAUGCAUAGAAAGAAUUUUUAUUGAUGUUUUUUUAAAUCCGUUUGAUAAAAGAAGCAAAAACUAAGAUGCAUCAGUUUUCAUAUUUUAUAACGCAAAAAAAAUCGUACAAUAUUUUUCACUAAAUGAAAUAUAGUAUAAAUAACAAAACUAUGACUUGAACAUCAGAACAAUGAACAAACAACAAACCAAGAAUCUGGUGUUUGGUUCCAGCUUUUGUAACAAAACAGUUUCUGAUGCUCACACACACUUUGUUUUCCCAAAAACAACGAUACUCAGUUUGGAAUAAUUUAAGGAGUAUUUCUUUGUAUUUAUCAUAUCAGUAUUAAUAAAUAUUGCUUCUGUCAGACAAAACUCACUUUUGCGAACUCUCAACAACAUGUUCAAGUGCCUUAAAGGUUUAUGUACUAAAGGAAAUGUAUUAUUAUUGUUGUGAAUGUGUCAUACUGAACUAAUACUAAUACUAGGUCAGUGUUAUCAGAAUGAAGUGUAUUCAUGGGUAUAAAUGUGUGUUUUUUUAAUUAUUUUGUUUCUUUAUUAUCAGUUUACUCUCAAGUUCUCAAGUUAUUUUAUGUUUAUUAAGGUAUUUUGCUCCUUGAAAUAUCACAAUCACUGGAAUAUAACACUGUUAAAAGUUUGAACAAUGUGAAUACUUUGCAAAAAAAAUAAAGUAACUUAUGCGUA